AUGGCUGAGCAUGAACCGAAGCUUCAGCUCGAGGCGGGAGACCUGUGGAGACGCUUCCAUAGAUGCUGCACGGAGAUGGUCAUCACCAAAUCUGGAAGGCGCAUGUUCCCUCCGCUGCGAGCCAGAUGUUCCGGCCUGGACAGGGAGUCCAAAUACAUCCUCCUGAUGGACGUCGUGGCGGCGGAUGAAUACAGAUAUAAGUUUCAUAACUCCCGCUGGAUGGUGGCGGGGAAGGCGGACCCGGAGGUGCCCAGGCGCAUGUACAUCCACCCGGACAGUCCCUCGACGGGGGAACACUGGAUGUCCAAAGUGGUCAACUUCCACAAACUGAAACUCACCAACAACAUCUCCGACAAGCGUGGCUUUACCAUCCUCAACUCGAUGCACAAAUAUCAGCCAAGAUUUCACAUCGUGCAGGCGAAUGAUGUUGUGAAACUCCCGUACAGCACCUUCAGGACGUACGUCUUCCCGGAGACGGAGUUCAUCGCUGUCACCGCCUAUCAGAACGAGAAGAUCACGCAGUUGAAAAUUGACAACAAUCCUUUCGCAAAAGGAUUCCGAGACACAGGCAACGCCAGGCGGGAAAAAAGCUCUGAUUUCCAAGAGAAUGACAGUGACAGAGAUGAGGGAGCAGGAGCAGGCAGGGCCUCCAACCUCUGCGAAGCAGAACCAGAAUUUGCCAUCCGAAGCGGGACAGUAGUGGAGUCUCGUGAGGGGAGACUGGCGGAGGGCGGCUCACAGUGUGGACUCGUCACCGAUGCAGUGGACCCUCCAGACUCCUGGGACGGGCAGUUGAGCCAGUCUCACAUGGGAUUCAUCUCCAGCUGCAUUUGUCCAACGGUAGCAUCGAGAAAACUCCAGGAUCCCAGGAGCUUCUACGCUGCUCAGGCAAACAACUGGUACCACAAUACCGACCGAGCCCUGACCUGUGGACCACCAUCGACCCAGCCCCCAGCCUCCAUGGCUUUCCCUGUGAACAUCCAGCAACAUGCCCUGGUGCAGGACCUGAUGACGCUCUCGAACUUUGGCGGCUUCCUGUUCUACCCGUACCCCGGCUUCUCCACAGCGUCGCCACAGUGCCUGAUCCCUUCUCUAAGAACCCACCCGGGACUCCUGGCUCAGGACUACGUCUCUUCUCUGAUAUUUUACCCCCCUGCUGGUGACUCUGGGUUCAGAUCCGAAACCCCCCAGUGGAGGUCACUAGAGAGGACAAAGGCUGAGGAAGAAGGUGAAGGUGAAAAGGACAACCCAGAAGCACUGACAGCCUGA